GCCAGUCUCGCAGCAACGACUGAGAUCGCAGCACUCGACGUCAUGAGCUUCGAAGACUUCGGAUCCUCGACGAGCUGGAACUCCAUCGCCGGCGCCAAGGCCGACGUCGCAGCUGGGAUUUUCCAGACUGCUACGGCCGUCGCCGGCUUCCGCCGCCUCGUCGAUGCCAUUGGUUCCGCAAAAGACUCCCCCAAGCAUCGCCACACUUUGCAGGAAGCGAGGAAGUGGAUCGCGCAGCUCGUGAAGGACACAUCGUCGAAGCUCAAGGUAUUCUCCGAUGCCAAUGUCGACGCACAACUAAUUAAUAGAACAGAUGAGGAAAAAUUAGCAAAGGAUUUCCAAAAAGUCUUGCUCGAUUUCCAAAAGGUUCAGAAGCUCGCUGUCCAGAAGGAGGCAGCUUAUGCAAUGGCCACAAGCUUGAGCUCUGAUGAACAUAAGACACACGACACAAAUGAAGAGCAUGAGCAGCUCCUGCAGGAGCAGAAGAGACAAGAGGAGAUUUCUUUAGACUGUGAGAUAACUUUUAAUGAAGCUCUGAUAGAGGAAAGGGAACAAGGAAUUAAAGAUGUACACUCCGAUGUGGUUGAAAUAAACGAGAUACUUAAGGAUCUUGUUUUCCUUAUUGACAAUCAACAACCUACACUAGAGGACAUUGGUAUACGAAUAGAAGCAGCAGCAGCAGCAUCCACAACUCAAGCAAGAGAACAACUCGCAAUGGGCUACAAAGGCAACAGAUCGAACACCUCAUCAUAUUGCUGGGUGCUGAUGCUCUUUGUUGUGGUGCUUGCUACCUUGCUUAUGGUGUUGAUAUUGUACUGACAAACACCCAUGCAAUCAAAGAUUUUGACUUGUACAAAUUUAGCUGAACAGGUUUGUAUUGAAGAGAAUCAAAUAUCUGUGGAGAGAUUUAGAUUUAUGUGCUUGUGGCAAUAUCAAUGCAGAGUCUGACAGUGUUGAGAAAAAAGUUGUAUGUUUACUAAGUUAUACAUCAGCAUGGGGAAUUUUCGGAAUUCAACGAGGCAUACGUAUCAUGUGUGUGUAUUAUACCAUACAAUGUGUAAAAUUUCUAUAGACAAAAGGCAAGAAUGGGAUAACCAUGAACUCAACAAAAUAUGAUA